GAAGGUCUACAAUGGUUCAAGAUGUUUGUGAAUGUCCACCGUUUACGAAAAUGCAGACUGCGACAUCUAAUGACAAUGUGCUUUGUGAUGUUGAUGGUCACAGUAUACUGGGAAACUCUUGACAAUAGCAUAUUGAGCCAUAUUAAAUCCUACUCUCUCCGUCGCCUGUUUACCAGCUUUGACUACAUCAGCGCUAAUUUAAAGAUUAGCCACGAGGAAGCACGCAAGUUCAGCAACCACCGAUACUUGAUAAACCAUGAGCAGAAAUGCGCUGGCCAAAAUGUUCUUCUGCUGCUGUUUGUAAAGACUUCGCCAGAGAACUUUGAGAGAAGGCAGGCCAUUCGGUCAACAUGGGGGAAUGAGGUAUAUAUAGAGGAAACCCUUGGUGCGACUGUGAGAGUGUUGUUCGCCUUGGGCCUCCAUCCUCAGCCUGUGCAGAGGAGGAAGCUCCAGCGGCAGCUGCAGGAGGAAAAUGAGCGCUACCAUGAUCUCAUCCAACAGGACUUUUUUGACACCUUCCACAAUUUGACCCUCAAGCUAUUGCUGCAGAUGAGCUGGACACACUUCUAUUGCUGCCAUGCCCGUUUCCUCAUGUCGGCUGACGAUGACAUCUUUGUGCACUUGCCCAACCUGAUCCGCUACCUCCAAGAGGCUGACAAGGCAGGCGUCAAGGACUUCUGGAUUGGAAAGGUACAUCGAGGAUCUCCACCUGUUCGCAGCAAGGAGAGCAAGUACUAUGUUUCUCAGGAGAUGUAUCCCUGGUCAAUUUACCCUGAUUACACACCUGGUGCUGGUUAUGUCCUAUCAAAAGAUGUGGCUUCCAGAGUCUACCAAGCAUCCCUCACACUAAACUCCUCUAUUCAUAUUGAUGACGUCUUCUUGGGCAUUUGUGCCAAUGCAAUGGGGAUUUCACCCCAGGAUCAUGUCUUCUUCUCAGGAGAGGGUAGGGCUCCUUACCACCUUUGCAUCUACAACCAGAUGAUGACUUCACAUGGACAUGAAGAAGACUUCCACGAGCUCUGGAGACACGCAACAGAUCCUGAGGUACAGAAGGUAUCUUCAGGACUUUUUGGAAGGCUAUACUGCACAGUAGCUAAAGUCAGACUACUCUGUAUUUCACACCUUUUUGUAUCCUACCCAUGCAAAGCAGCUUUUCUGUGA